AUGACCGGCGACGAUGAAAAACCCGUAAUGAUUGCUACGCAACAAGAAAUGGAGGAAGCACACCUUCCUCUAGAAUUUCGAGACUUUUGUGCACAUUUAUUAAUACCAUUAAAUAAAUGUCGAAAUAAAACCAAUUACUUACCGUGGAAAUGCGAAAACGAGAGGCACGCAUAUGAAAAAUGUCAAUAUGAUGA